UCUCCACUCUCAUCUCGCGCCAGUCGUGCGUCGACGAUCGCGAGCGCCGCACGUGUCUUUCGCUAUGCUAUGACACUUCCGAAAUACGCGCGUGUUUAGUGUUUGUACCUGCCAUGGUGACGGGUAUCGGCAACCCUCAACAAGGGGUGUCCAACCCCGUACCCAGCCCAGGGAUGCAGGAGCAAAAGAAGACGAGCGAUAAUAGACGGAGCAACAAACCUAUAAUGGAAAAACGGCGUCGAGCACGCAUCAAUAACUGUUUGAAUGAACUGAAGGCUCUUAUUCUUGACGCUAUGAAAAAAGACCCAGCACGUCAUUCGAAACUGGAGAAAGCAGAUAUCUUGGAAAUGACAGUAAAACAUUUGGAAGGCUUACGCACAGAAGGCGCUGGUUCUCCAGAUAGAUUCAAAGCUGGAUACAGGCAUUGCUUGUCCGAGGUUGCCAAGUUUCCUGGACUAGAAGGAGGGCUAAAAAGACGACUAGUACGGCAUUUGGAAGGCUGCGUCAGCUCACCUGGUGCGCGACCGUUUGCUGCACCAACUCCACCCUCGGACACUGAAGAUGCCGUCUCUUCUUCUCAACACUCUACCAUAUUUAUCUCAGCUGGUCCCGGGUCUGGAGUACGACUCGUCCCAACGAGAUUAUCAAAUGGUGACAUCGCACUACUGUUACCAGCUGGUGUCAGUGCCAGUACAUUAGGCACAGUACCGACCCUAGUACCACUCUCACCAAGAGACGUCUCUUCUUCGUCUUCAGAACCCAGGUGCUAUUCUCCAGCCAGUUCAGGAUGGGGAACCCCUCCUCCGCCAACGGAAGAACCUGCCCCCUUAGCCCUAGUGACUAGAAGACAACCCCCUGAUGAAAAGCCUUGGCGACCAUGGUGACAAUUCAUUUCCUUUCGUUUAAACCUGUGAUCUGUGAUAUUUGUUUGUAGUUGUAUGAUAUGUCGAGUGAUAGAUUUUAAAAGUUCCUAUAUAUAAUAUUAUGUUCUAUAGAUAAUAGAAUUAUGAGAUGAAAAUUACUUGCUUGGUCAGUAUAUAUUGUGUGAUAAUAAAUAACAUAUAAUACCUAAGUAUCUGUGUGUAAAUUAGGCCAUUAUAGUUUUAGUUACUUUUCUAGUGUUAGUCUUCCCUUGUUAAGUUAGGUUUAGUACGAUUGUAAAUUUUUUGAUGACAUCUAAGGCAGUAUUUCAUGAAAAGGGACGAUUGUCCAAUAUAUUAACAGAAUUAAAUAUAUUUUAUAUUAAUCAUUAUAUUCAUCAAACUUAUUUAGGUACAUAGUGCCAUCUAAUUAUAAAUAAUUUUCUAGCAUCGCUCAGUUCUAUAAAAGUAUAUUUUAUCAGUUUAUAUCUGCUUUUGACUUUUAAGUGGAGUGAUGAAAUACUUAUUGCAGAUUGCCAAAUUUAAGCUUACAACAGAAUAAACCAGUGCUUUGAACUUUUAUUGCUCAAUGUUAUAAUAAAUUGCUGUUUUAUAGCAGUCUGAAAUAAUCUGCAUGUAAAAUGUUUCAGUGUGUUUAGUCUAAUUAAUAUUUGUAUAUUAUAAUAAGGAUUAAACUUAUAGAAUUCUGCGUGCCUUAUACAGCAAAAUCGUAUAGUCUUCCAAUUCUUAGUUAUAAGUUGAUUUGCGUAUUCAGAUGUUUAAAAUUAUUUCGUCAAAUGAAGAUAUUAUACUAUAAUAAAACAUUAUGAAUAAACUUAAUACAUAUAUGUUACCAUAUUUAAGUAAUAAUCAUGUCUUCCUUUGCCAGUUACCAACUUAUGGACAGUAAACACAAUAUGGUACUUAUUUAUUACUUACUAAAAAUAUGUUAGUUUGAUAUAUUUAUGUAUUUGUCAGAUGAAAAUUUCUACAAAAUAUUAUAUAUUAUAUUCAUAUAACCUGCCAGAAAACUGGAUGUGCCUACAGUUUAACUCGAAUUGUAUAAUAUGUAGGCACCUGUAGGUGUAUUUUUAAGAAUGUCAUGAUACCAGCAUACAGUAAGAAAAAAACUCCAUCAACAAUGUUUAAAAAAAAAAGAGUAAAAUUAUACCUAAAACUCUCCACAGUACUAUAGUAGAUACUGCAUAGUAAAAUUCAUUAUUAUUUGUUUGUAUGGUAGGAGCGUAGAAGAUUAAUUUUUAUGUGUUUUGUUUUAAGAAAAAUACCCAUCUCUCUGACUAUAAUAUAAACGCAACAACUUUGUGGCGAAGUAACAAAACUUACUUUACUUAUUAAUAAUUUUGUAAAUUAUUUGCAAGAUAAUUUUUAAGUUUUGCGUAAAUAUAGAUUACUUCUUAUAUUAUAAACAAUUACGUACCUUCCUAAAUUUAAAUUAGCGUUCGUAAAUAAAUGUUAUAAUAACGUGAUAUUAUUUUAAGAUUAUAGUUUAAGUUGAUUGUACCUAAAAGACAAAAUAAUAAAUAUUACACGAAUAUAUGGA